CUUCAGUCAAGAGGAACUAGAGGUUGAAGAAAAGUUGAAAAAGGCCUUUGUUGAGUUCUAUCAGAAACUUCGCAGCCUAAAUCAGUACAGUUUUAUGAAUCUCUCAGCAUUUUCUAAGAUCCUAGAAAAAUAUGAAAAGGUCAGACACUCAUCAGAUUACUUCAAGAAAAGCAAUGAGAUCUUACAUGAAAGUCGUUGAUAACUCCUAUAUUGGAAGUUCUGAUGAGGUUACUAGUCUUCUGAACAAGGUGGAAGCAACAUUUAUCAAGCACUUUUCCAAUUUUAAGCAGGGGGAUGGCAUCAAAUUAUUAAGGCCAAAAAGGAAAAGAGAGAACCACCGCGUACGAUUUCUUUCAGGAUUCUUCUGUGGAUUCUCAAUUGCUCUAAUUAUUGCCGUUGCUUUAGUCAUGCAAACAAGAAAGUUACUGGACAAGAAGGAUGCCACCUUAUACUUGGAUAGCAUUUUUCCCCUUUACAAUUUCUACGGUUACAUUAUCUUACAUAUGCUUCUUUUUGCUGUGAAUAUAUACUUGUGGAGGUGCUAUAAAAUCAACUACUCGUUUAUUAUACUUGGGUUCAAGCCAGGAACCGAAUUAGACCACAGAGAAGUUUUCGUUUUAGCCUCUGGUCUUACAGUUGUUGUACUCACUACUUUUCUGGUACAUCUGCAUAUCAGGAUGGACUCGACGAUCCAAGAUCACGAGACAUAUGUUGAACUCCUUCCUUUGGGCUUACUCAUUGGUUUAGUUCUCAUAUGUCUGUGUCCUUUUAACAUAAUCUAUCGUUCAAGCCGUUUCUUCCUUAUUCGAAGUCUAUUCCAUUGUAUUUGUGCUCCUUUCUACAAGGUGAUUGAUUCUACUAGGCUUGAAUUCUAUAUAUGUUGGACAACAUCUUAUGUCGAUAUUCUUAAUCUGCAGGUCAAAAUGGUUGAUUUUUUCUUGGCAGAUCAGCUAACAAGCCAGACACAAGCCAUAAGAAGUUUUGUAUACUACAUUUGUUAUUAUGGUUGGGGAAAAGCAUUGUCUCCAGGACGAAAAAUGUGCCACGUUAGUGAUGUCUACGUUAUCUUCUAUUACAUUUCAGCUGCCAUACCUUUUUGGAUUCGCUUCCUCCAGUGUAUGCGACGAUUAAUUGAAGAGAAAGACAUGAAGCAUGGAUUUAACGGUUUCACCUAUUUCUCAAUGCUUCUGUCAGUUGUCUUUCAGUCAACAUUCAGACUACGGAAAAAAAUGACUUGGAAAGUAUGGGCUUUGGCUAGCUCGGUUGUUGCAGCUCUGGCAAACAUAUGUUGGGAUAUCAGGAUGGACUGGGGUCUUCUUCAAAGAAAUUCAAGAAAUUUUCUUCUGAGAGACAAGCUCUUACUUCCACAUAAAAGUGCAUAUUAUAUAGCUAUGAUUCUUGAGGUUCUCCUGAGAUUUGUAUGGCUGCAACUAGUAUUGAGUUUUGACAUGCGCCCACUACGCGGAAAAGCCACAACAAGCACAUUUGCCUGCUUGGAGAUUCUUCGUCGUGGCAUUUGGAAUGUCUUUAGAUUGGAGAAUGAGCACCUAAACAAUGUUGGUGAGUACCGAGCAUUCAAGUCACUCCCACUGCCCUUCAUUACAUACGACGAGAAGGGUGGCAAUGCAUACAUUUUCGGAAGAAUUACAGUCCUUGUCACUUAGCCUAACAGCCCAACUGAAAACGGCCCACGUUUGAAGUCCUUACCUAGUUUGGCCCAGGUUGUACGUAAUCUAAAAGAAAAUUUUCAGCCUUUAGCCACUAUUAGAGACACACUUUUAGGGUUUAUUUAUUUUCGUUUUUCUUCAUUCCCAGCACACUCUAUACUUUCCACCGCCUCUCUUUACUUUCUCCUUUCUUUCUCUUCUCUCACUCACAUAGAUCUGAAUAUUAAUAGGUGUCUCUACUGAGUUGCUUAAUCUUCCUAAAUUUUUAUAGAUCUCAAAUAUUUGAAUCUCGAUUUAUAGGUGUCCAAAUUAAAAAUUAAAGUUUUGUUGCAUCCGUAUGAAAAACUCCAUUAAAAGGAGCUUUGAAGCUCUAAGUUCAAC